CACACUCAGAUACAGACCCCCCCGGUUCUUACUAGUCCACCAAUCCACCAUGCGUCCCACUACCACCGCCGCUCUCCUGAUCCUCAGCGUCCUCGCCGUCGCCGCCUUGGCCACGACCAACCAUGAAGUGGAGGCGGCGGUGGCCGCGCUGCCACGCGGCGCCACACGCCGUCCGGCGCCCGCCCACGGCAACGUGGCGACGGCGGCCGGCUGCUCGCCGCGGGAGCGGGACGCGCUGCUGACGUUCAAGGCAGGCAUCACCGAAGAUAUAAUGGGUCUCCUCGACUCAUGGAAGUACGACGGCGCUGGGCCUGGGCAGGCGGAGGAGGAGGCCGAUUGCUGCCGGUGGCGAGGCGUCCGGUGCGGCGCCGGCGGCCAUGUCGUCGGGCUUCACCUCCGCAACGUGUAUGCCGACCAGAGCAACGACUACGACUUCAUCACCUCCGGGUACGACCUGGCCGGCGAGAUAAGUCCCUCUCUGCUCAACUUGACGUAUCUGGAGCACAUCGAUCUCAGCAAGAACCAGCUCCAGGGACAGACCGGCCGUGUUCCGGAGUUCUUGGGCUCUCUGCAAAACUUGAGAUAUCUUAACCUCUCCGGCAUACCAUUUUCCGGUGAGGUGCCUCCCCAGCUGGGUAACCUCACAAAUCUACACUAUCUUGGCCUGUCAGAUACAGGCAUCAACUUCACGGAUAUCCAAUGGUUAGCGCGCCUGCAUUCUCUAACGCACCUCGACAUGAGCCAUACGAGCCUCAGCAUGGUACAUGAUUGGGCCGAUGUGAUGAACAACAUUCCUUCUCUCAAGGUCCUUCAUCUUGCUUACUGCAACCUUGUUUAUGCGGAUCAAUCUUUUUCACACUUUAACCUGACCAAUCUUGAGGAGCUUGAUCUCUCUGUCAACUAUUUCAACCAUCCAAUUGCAUCCUGUUGGUUCUGGAAUGCACAAGGACUCAAGUACCUUAACCUUGGGUCGACCAAACUCUAUGGCCAGUUUCCAAACGUUCCAGGACAAUUUGGAUCCCUACGAUUUCUUGACUUGUCAUCCACAUGUAACAUAGACAUCGUGACAACAAACCUAACAAAUCUAUGCAACUUGAGAAUCAUACAUCUCGAACGGAGUCAAAUUCAUGGGGACAUUGCAAAGUUGCUACAGAGAUUACCGCGGUGCUCGUACAACAGAUUGAAUGAACUAUAUUUGUCAGACAAUAAUAUAUCAGGAAUUCUACCAAAUCGUCUGGAUCACUUAACUAGCUUGGUCAUUCUUGACAUCUCUCAUAACAAACUCUCUGGACCCUUGCCUCCUCAGAUAGGCAUGUUCAGUAAUUUAACUUACUUGGACCUUAGCAGUAACAACCUCAACGGAGUGAUCAUAGAUGAACACUUUACUAGUAUGAGAAGUUUGAAGACAUUGGACUUAUCCGGUAAUUCCUUGAAGAUUUUGGUGGAUUCAGAAUGGUUACCUCUAUUUAGUCUUGAGGUUGCAUUGUUUUCACCUUGCCAUAUGGGCCCUCGCUUUCCCGGUUGGCUGAAACAACAGGUUAAUAUUACUUAUCUUAAUAUGUCAUUUGCGGGUAUUACUGAUAGGCUUCCAAACUGGUUUUCUACAACAUUUUUGAAUGCUCAACUUUUAGAUGUUUCCAACAACGAAAUCAAUGGUAGCUUGCCAGCGAACAUGGAGGUUAUGACUACAUUAUCUAGACUAUAUAUGGGAUCAAACAAGCUUACCGGUCAAAUACCUUUGUUGCCAAAAGCACUUGAAAUAAUGGACAUCUCAAGGAACUCUUUAUCAGGACCUCUGCCAUCGAACUUUGGAGAUGACCUUGUCUUAUCUUAUCUGCAUCUCUUCUCCAAUCGUAUCACUGGCCAUAUUCCAAACUCUAUGUGUGAUUUGCAUCACCUUGUUUACUUAGAUUUAGCGGACAAUCUUUUGGAGGGGGAAUUUCCUCGAUGUUUCCAGCCAGUGUUUUUGAGUAAGCUAUUUGUCAGCAACAAUAUUUUGUCCGGAAAGUUCCCGCCAUUUUUGCGUAGUAGACAUAAUCUAGAGAUGCUGGAUUUGGCAUCAAAUGACUUCUAUGGAGGAUUGCCCAUCUGGAUUGGAGAGCUGUCGAAUCUAGCAAUAGUACGACUAAGCAAUAACAAUUUCUCUGGAAAUAUUCCAACAAGCAUUACCAACCUUACAAGGCUUGUUCAACUAGAUCUAUCAAAUAAUUCUAUUUCGGGUGUUUUACCUUUGCAUUUGUCCAAUUUAAUAUGUAUGAAGAAAAGUGGUCAUUGUGAUAUCGUAAUGGUCUUCGAUCGUUACUCAAUUUCUGGUCGUUAUGGUCGCAAUGUUGGCAUUGCAAAUAUGUCUGUGGACACCAAGGGCCAAAAACUUUACUACAAACUACCCAUAGUAUUAGAUAUCGUGACCAUUGAUUUGUCUUUGAACUACUUAACUGGUGAAAUUCCGGAGGAGCUAACUCUUCUCGAUGGCAUUAAAAAUUUGAAUUUAUCAUGGAAUCAGCUUAGUGGAAGAAUUCCAGGCAACAUUAGUGUCAUGCAAUCAUUGGAAUCACUAGAUCUCUCAAAAAACAAUCUUUCUGGAGAAAUCCCAUCAAACCUAUCAAACAUAACAUCUCUAAGCAGGCUAGACUUGUCAUACAACCAUCUCACAGGAAGAAUACCAUCAGGGGGUCAACUCGACACCCUCUAUGCGGAAAACCCGUCUAUGUACAAUGGAAACACUGGUCUUUGUGGGUAUCCUCUUCGGAGAAAUUGCUCAGACAACAGCAGUGCAUCAAAGCAUGGUGUUGAACAGAGAAGGGAAAGAGAUUCUGAGCCAAUGUUCUUGUACUCUGGACUUGGUUCAGGAUUUGUGGCUGGUCUUUGGGUGGUUUUCUGUACCAUCUUGUUCAAGAAAACAUGGAGGAUUGCUUACUUCCGCCUCUUCGACAAGGUGUAUGACAAAGUGUAUGUGUUUGUUGUUGUUACAUGGGCAACCUUGUCUCAGAAGUCAGGCACACGUUAGGCUAUUGCGUAGUAGCAGCGUUCUUUUGGUGGAAUAUAUUGUACCACGUCGCUGCUGCUACUACUACUAGUACUACUGUCGCUUUGAAUAAAUCGAUACAGCUUAGUUCUUGAUAAAGAUGAGCAUGCUUAAUGUAUGAAAAAAAAAGAGAGAAGUUAAUGUUGUUCUAUUUAUGUGAAAUAAAUUAAAGAUGGCUGUUUCUCAAUGUUGUGCAGAGAUUAAUGUUGCUUAAUUUAUGUAAAACAGAGAUAUGUCUGACGAAUGUUAUUGAUCA